AUGGGAAAAAAAAAUGGUGAGCAAACUGUUUGCUCACUUUAUUUACCGGAAAAACGUUUGCAGCUUAUUUUCGGUGAAAACUGUUUUUAUCGUUGGCCGAAACUUCAAACCCCCACCGCAGUUUUCGCCAUAUCUCUUGAAUGUGAGGCUUUGGUGCCGCAUGUUUAUUUGGCGAUCUGUGGGUUUGUAUUGACAACUCACGAUUUCACUGAGCAAGUCCGUGCCUCUGUGCACCAACUUUUUGGUGCAGUUUACUACCUAUCCUCUACCAAACUGGACGAUAAAAAACACUGCCUGGUUUGCGGGGACGCUAGCAGUGGUUAUCAUUAUGGCGUUAAUUCCUGUGAAGCUUGUAAAGCAUUUUUCAAGCGGACCAUCCAAGGCAGUAUUGAGUACAAAUGCGGAAAGAGCAGAAAUUGCCCCAUAAACAAAAGCCAACGAAAAGCCUGCCAAGCCUGUCGAUAUCGAAAAUGUCUCUCUGUUGGGAUGUUGAAGGAAGGUGUCAGACUCGACAGGGUUCGAGGCGGCCGUCAAAAAUACAAACGAAAUGUUCACGGCGAGCCGACUUCCACCGAGCCGACAACCUCCAGACCACUCCCUCCCAAAAAUCCCUAUAACACCAGAGGAAAUCCGACCGCAGAACUGGAUGGACUUUUGUUUACUUUAUUGUCUAAUGAACCCGCACCUUUAGCGGCAGCAAUAUCCGAGCCAUUGGAUAACGGAUCAAAAGUUCAGACAGCCAUCCUGGAUGCUGUUGAUCGAGAAUUAGUGGCCGUUAUCAGCUGGGCCAAACUAGUACCGGGAUUUCUGGAAUUGCCGCUCAACGAUCAGAUGCAUUUGCUGCAAACAACAUGGUGUGAAAUCGUGAUCUUCAGUUUCGCCGCACGCUCCAUGGAGAGCAGUUCUCCCAACUGCAAAUCGCUGACCUUUGCGACCAACUUGAUGCUCACAUCAAAUAUGGCCACAGAGGCGUGCUUUGAGGAUGUAUAUACAAAGACCAUUCAGUUGGUAGAAUAUUUCAAUGAAUACAGGCUAACACGAGAAGAGUACGUCUUGAUGAAAUGCCUGGUGCUGCUCAACGGUGGGUGUCCACUGGAGAAUCCCAACAAUCGCAAUUUACUCAGGGAGAUGGUUAUGCAAACUUUGUGUCAGUAUGUCAAUAAUAUCAGUAGAAUCGGAAGUCUUUUGAUGCUGUUGCCCCAUUUGAGACAACUGGACGGUAUGACCAGGCGGUUUUGGCUCAUACUCAAAGAAGCUGGAAAGGUCACCGUGCCGAAGCUUUUGUUGGAGAUGCUGGAAUCAGCGCAGAAAACGCACUGGUGAUCUGCGCAUGUUCCUAAUUGUGCCUGCAUUUUCUUGACGCUUCACACCUCUGCGUGUGGUAUUUGUGUUUUGAAUCCUCAAGUUCUUUCAGUCUCUUUCAUUCCAGUGGCCAAAUCACUGUGAUAUGGUACCUAUAAACUGUUUGGCCUGUCAAUCAGGAGGUUUUAUUGUUUAACAUGUUGUUUUUCUGACUUCUGGAUUUUAGAAUCAAUUUUUGCAUAUGAGAAAUUACGCUUCCGUUCAGAAUAAAAAUGGGGAAUCG